AUGGUUGCAUGUGGUACUGGUACACCGAUUCCGACAUCACGUGGUCGUGGUUGUUUCACUAUUAUAAUUGAAAAUGUUGAUUAUUUAGUGUUUGAUAUUGGUAUGGGGGCUGAAGCAACAUUAAAUUCAUUUAAUAAUACUGAUCAACUAUCAUUAAUUACUAAUAUAUUUAUAACACAUUAUCAUGGUGAUCAUACUGGCGGUAUACCGGGUGCGUUAAAUUUAGGUUAUCUUCUUGGCAGAAAAAAUUCAUCACAAGCUAUUGCAAUACAUGGAGCAGAUAAUGAAUUAUUAUAUAAUUUAACACAGGGUAUGAGACACUUUUACGCUAUGGAUACAAUAAAUCGACAACUCUUAGUCGACUUUCCAAGAAAUAUAUGUACACCGACGUUUAACACACCAACUAAUCCACAACUGGAUCCAACAAUAUUUGAUUCAUUGAACUUUGUUAGUACACCAUUUGAUCCACCACCACUUGAUAAUAAAACUCAAGUAAUUGUUUAUCAAAAUAAAAAACAUAAUUUAACUGUUAAAGCAUUUCGUGUAUAUCAUUAUACCGCAAAUCCAGCCGUCGGAUAUAAUAUUCAAUAUAAGAAUAUUAAAAUUUCAAUUAGCGGUGAUACGGUCGGUUAUCCAACAACACGUGCUAUUUUGAAUGCCGCUAAAAAUGCUGAUUAUCUGAUACACGAAGUUAUGAAUGGAACAUACAUUCAUAAAGUGGUUCAAUCACAUUCUUCAGCAUUUGAUAAAUUUUACUCUGAAUGUCAAGUCUAUGAUGCACAUACAACAAUUCCACAAUUGGCAACAUUAGCUAAAUUAGCCAAUGUGAAAAACUUAAUUUUAACACAUAUCGUGCCAUCUCCUUUAACAAAAGAAGAUGAAACAAGAUUAAAAGAUGCCAUUGCUGAAACAUAUAAGGGUAAAAUUUAUAUUGCAGCUGACUAUGAUUAUUGGUUGGUAUAA